AUGAACACAAAUUACAUUUUAAUUAAAAUAGAAAAAACUAAAAAUUCCAUAUUCAUGGCCACCCAUAACAUUUAAAAAUUCAGACUAACCAAGACUAUUCACAAAGACUAAAUCAAAUUACUAAAACAAUAACUCAAUAAUAAAAUUCAAUAAGAAUCCUAAUCAAAUAAUUCACAAUAUAUGUUAACUAAUCUCACUCAGCAAUUGUAAAAACUUAAUUCUCAAAUUCUUAAUGUUAAUUCCAUAUUUGAUGAAAUUAAAUAAUAAAAGCCACUCAAAUAUAAUUAAUAUGGAGCAUUGUCUACACAAAAUUUUGAUUAAUCACUAACUACAAUCCUUCGAAAGUUACAAUAAUCAACUCCAAACCAAUAUCAAAUAAAAAAUAAGACUUAGAAUUAUAAAAAAGAAGUCUAACCAAUAAACAAUACUAUUUAAACUAAUGAAGGAACAAUUAAAGUGGAUUACUGA